AGGAGGAGGAGGAGGAGGAGGAGGGGGGCGCGGAGGGGGAGAGGAGGGAACCUUGUUACCUCACUGCGUCUCCGCUGGGUUGCGGUCAGCACACGAGGUCGGUCACUUGGAGAGUGGAUGCGACAGCACCGCGCCCUCACGCAUCCCGAAUCUCCAUAGCAUUGCUAUGGUGGACGAAAGGACAGCGGAAAGGCUGAUGAGGACGUUUGCACUUCACCUGGAGAAGCACAUUUCGCAACAAGAAGUGUAUGGGAAGAAAAUCCGCGCGCAUAAAUCCAUCGUGGCGCAGAAGAGUGACUCUAUCUAUUUCAAAGCCAGACACUCCAGAGACGCCCUAAAGAUCAUUAAAGGGCUGAGCUGCUGUCCCACCUUGUCGGUUUCGAUCAAAUAUAUUUGUUCGUCUCGGAUGCGGGUGGACGAGGGCAAUGUCGCAGGGGUGAUCGCCGGAGCGAAGGUCCUUCAGAUCGCCGGUGCGGUGCGGCGCGGCGCGGCCACGGACAGCAUGUCGCAGCACAUCACAGUGGAGAACUGCUACGAGAUCCUGAGCACGGCCAAAAAGCAAGGACUAGGUGAGCUGAAGGAGAGGGCGUAUCGGUUCAUGAGCGACAACUUCUUGGAAAUCCUGAGGGAGCCGCUAGUGUACGGGCGCCUGAGCGCACACGAGCGGGACCUGGUCCUCCGAACACGCCUGGAAGGUAAGAAGUGCUUAAUGGUGGCCGAGACGAGCGACGUGUACGACCGCCCCGGGAGCAGACCUCCCAGCCGGGACAGCAGCCGUCCUCAAAGUCCUCUUUGUGUCGUUUGCCCGGAGGAAACGCGCACGAUACAUUACUACAGCGAGACAUCCAAAGAGUGGCGGCCGCUAACCAGGAUGCCGGACGACGUGAACACCCGGGGCUGCGGGAUGUGCACCAUGUAUAAUUAUUUAUUCGUGGCUGGUGGAAUAAAAGGGGACAAAGGGAAGGUGUCGGACAAGGUGUUCUGCUACAACCCCGUCACCGACGCCUGGAGUGAAAUGAGGCCGCUGAUUGAGCCGCGAUCCCAGCUCAAACUGGUGUCCCUGGACGGCUACCUGUACGCAGUCGGCGGAGAGUGUCUCUUCACCGUGGAGAAGUACGACCCACGCGUGGACAGGUGGACUCCCGUGGCGCCUCUGCCCAGGGGCGCGUUCGCCGUGGCGCACGAAGCCACCGCCUGCAACGGAGAGAUCUACGUGUCCGGGGGCUCCCUGUUCUACCGGCUGCUCAAGUACGACCCCAGGAGGGACGAGUGGCAGGAGUGUCCCUACAACAAUAGCAGGAAGAGGUCCACCGACAUGGUGGCCUUCAAAAACUUCAUCUACAGGUUCGACGUCAACCGGCAGCGCGGGAUCAGCGUGUUCCGCUACAACACCGUGGUGAAGGUGUGGCAGGAGGCGGGGUCCCUGGAGCAGGAGCACCCCCUGCCCUUCAGGUGCGCCAUCGUGGGAAACCGCGUGUACUGCGUGAACAGGUCGCAGGUUCUGCAGUGCCUCCUGGACGAGGAGAACAUUAGCUUUGGACAGGAGCCCCUGAAAGCCCCUCAGGAGGCCAAGGGCGCCCUCCUCCCCUUCGUCCUGAGCCGGCCGGAGAAGCCGGAGAGCAGCGCGUAACGGGCCGACGGAGCGCAGCCACCCGGCGUCCUGUGUCCCAAACAAACAUCUCACCUUUAUGCGCUUCAGGUUCGUGCGAAGUGCGAAGCUUCACGUGGAUUGUUUUCGUACCGCAGUGUGUUCCUUUGCAUGUUAAACACCGAGAGUCAUUCCCGCAAA